AUGGCUUUUAGUGAAGAUUCAGAAAAUCAGCACCUUAGUCAUUUGUACGAGUGUUUAGCAGCCGAAGUUGACGACAAGAAGAGGUUAGGCGCAUUUUCAUGGCAGAGUUCCUUGGCAGAAGAAUUCUUCGAGAUGAUGACUGAGGACCUUAGUCGUAAACAACAACAGGUCAGGUUGCAACUGUAUGGAAGCUCCGCUGAAGAUUUACAUGCAGAUUUUUUCCCGGAUUUAGAUGUUGUGGUCUUCCCGACUGCAGAUGAGUUAAUGAUCGCAGUGCCGUAGCCAGACCAAACGGCCAACCGAGGCAGGCGAGAGUUGCUAGGGGGGUUCGGGGGUAUGCCCCCCCCGAGAAGUUUUGAACUUUAGUCUCUCGGAAAUGCGAUUUGCAGCGUUUUCUGGGCCUUUCGGUAACUUUUUUUCGAGUUAAUUUAAGUGGAAUUUAAAAAGCAAUAAUCAGAAACAAGCUACAGAAUCUGGGUGACCGUUAACCUCGCCAAUGGUUUUGAUCAGUAUUUGUUCAAAAAAAAUUUGAGUUAACGUACGUAGCCCCUUGAGAUCGAUGGUAUGGUAAUUUUUUCAUAGUAUAUUGACUGAAUUGCUGAAUUCUUUGUAAUAUCAUGAUGCGUUAAAAAUAUCCGAUGAUCGCUUAUGUAAAAUAAAAAGGCGAAAUUCGUCAAAAUUUUACCGAGGUGAGUGCCUCGGUUGGCCUCAUACUAGCUACGGCGCUGGAUCGAUGACGAACUGAUCGAAUACUGUUUCCCUUCUAAUCCACUGCACGUCAGAAUAAGAGGAACAGGUCACCCCGUUUUGCAGUCCUGUCUUGCGGAAAACACGGAGUACGUAACGACUUCAGCGAUAAAGAAUUUCCAUCCAGCGAUUUUUGGUCCCGUAAGCAUCACCAAUAACCCCGACGACGUGUUGCCAGCUACAUUUGUCGCAAUGCCAGGUCUUUCUCUUUCAGUGAAAAACAACAUGACCGGUCCAGCUAUAAAAAUUACAUCAGACUUGCAGUCAUAUGUGAGAAAAUUCCUAAACAAAUUCAAACUUACACUUCACAAACACUACUGUAAAGGGGGAGAAGAAAGAUCCAUCGUAGACUGUCCAUGUUUGUCGAGUGAAGAUGAAAAUGAUUACUUUUCCAAGCGCAUUGACAGCUUCUUAAGCAAGGCAAAGAUGCUUAUUGAGUUUAUCCCUGCGUUUCGAUGCUUAACAUGGCCCAUGGUUGCUCAGGAAUGGAGGAAGAGACAGCGGAAAUGGCCUUCACCUGACGUAGUUGAUCAAGUUAUUCGGGAGGGAUUUCACUUGGUCGUAAAAGCUCCAAAAAACGGUGGCAACCCACUUACGCUGAAAUCUUAG